AUGAUCUCUCCCGCAGAAGCCAUCACUGCCAUGUUUGGCGGGGUAGUCGCCCUGAAUAUACACCUCCUAAUAUCGAACCUCAUCUCAGUCCCUCGGACUCUCUAUUGCCUUUCCCUUGGCCCGACGUAUGUCCUAGCUCUACAGGUGAUGGUCGCGGUUUCUAUUGCCCGGAUGCAAUGCAUCAUCCUGAAUCAGCCAUUUCAGCUCCGAUCGAGGAAGAUCAAAGCCCUUCUCUUUCUCUACGCUAUUUUCCCAAUGCCGUAUCUUGUGAUAUUGGUGAAUAUCAAGGUCCUUCCGAAGGGAGUAGGAAACGGAGAUCCCAGGGGUGGCUCACAAUGCGCAUUCCCAUAUCAGUCAGCCAAUCAGGAGGAGAGGUGGUGUCUGGCAGACGUACUGUUGAUGUUAUGUGCUACGCUCGGCUGGGAAUUUUGGACUUCUGAGGAUUCAACAGAUACUGCUCACGCAGGAUAUUCAUCGCGUCCGUUUCAAGAUCUAUUUCUCCUUCCCCUUCAGUUGCCACCUCAAACUCAU